AUGUUCGAGGACUUCAGCGUACGGCACCUCCCAGCUCUUUACGUGGGCUUUGCCUUCACAUUUGGCGGUAUAUGGCCAUUGUUUAGCGCGCCUUCGUCCUUGCGCGCUUUUGGCUUUCCAGCUCGAAUUCGGAAUUCUCCAGCAGCAUGGCCUGUCAUGGGGAUCUAUGGAUCACGGACGAGCAUCAUUGGCAUUCUUAUUUACACGUUCUAUUUCCAGCACAAAUACACGGAGUUGGACACUAUACUCACCAUCAUUGGCACUUAUGCAGGGUUCGUGGACACGUACAUUAUCACGAAAGCCACCGAGGGAAGCAUCGUCCACUCGUUUUAUCGGUUGAUUCCUAGCCUGGCGCUGGGAGCCUAUGGAUAUUACGGGUUGACAUCAGGGCGUUUGCAUAACACCAUGGGAUGA